GCCUUCUACCUGCCGACAAUGGCUUCUGUGUUCCUGAGCAGCUUGUGAGUUUGAACAAUAUGACCAGAAGCCUUCAGACCUCUGGGCGGGAAGGAUCUUUCAGCACUUGACACGCAACAAAUUACUUUUUCACGUGAUGGUGGUGGUGGUGUUCGUGUUGAAUUGCAGACAGAUUUAUGUGCACAGCAAGAUCCCACAAACUGAGCUUCAACGCUUGAAGAGGUCACUGUCCUUCAAGACAAUCCUCCGAAGUAAAAGCGUUGAGAACUUCUUCCAGCGGUCCAACAGUGAAGUGAAAUUUCCAACAGAGAUACUGCCUCCUCCACCCACUCCACCCCCAACACCACCCACUACUCUCCCGCCAGAUGUAUCACCCAUCAAUGAGCCACCAGCAAGGAAGUCCCACCAACCCUCGUUACCUCUCAAACCAGUAAGGUCGCACAACUUUCAAGAAUUUGUCUUCAAAAAGCCUACAUUUUGUGACAUCUGCCAUCACAUGAUUGUAGGGUAUUCUAAACGAGGAUGGCGUUGCAAACUCUGUAAAAUUAAUGCUCACCCACAAUGCGGAGAAGGUGCAUCUCGGCAACAGUGCAUCGGAAAGCUGCCGAUGGGAUUCCGUCGAAAUUUCAGCUCUCCACUUCUCAUCCAUGAACAAUAUGGAUUUGUUAAGGAAGCCAUGCCAAUUGCCACAAGCAGCAAAGUGGACCCAGUGUAUGAAGCUCUCCGAUUUGGGACUUCUCUUGCACAGAUGAGCCGGUCAAGUUUUGGCAGUUUCUCUGAAUCCCCGACAAGGCAUUUGGGUGAAAAUGGAGACAUUGCUGAGGAGCCCGAUGUCAGCACAAACUGUUCCAAAGAGACUGAGAUCCAGAAAGACACCACGCCUUUGGAGAAUGGAAUUGUUGAAACAGAGGAAAAGAAAGACAACACAGUCCCCACUCAGGUUAGGAAGCCCUCCAUGCGUAAGGAUAUGCUACAGAUGCACACGUAUGUGGCUCUCUACAAGUUCAUCCCUCAGGAGCACAAUGACCUGGAGCUACAGCAAGGAGACAGAAUCGUGGUCACAGAUGAUUCCAAUGAGGAUUGGUGGAAGGGUAAAAUUGGUGACAGAGUCGGGUUCUUCCCAGCCAAUUUUGUUCAACGCAUCCGACCUGGAGAGAGAGUUUGGCAGUGCAACAGAACGUUCCAGGGCAGCAAAGAGCAGGGACAGUUGCCACUGAAAGAAUUACAGGUCUGUAUCGGGCGGGGAGAGGAAACGAAUGGCUUUGUCAAGGUUUGCAGUGGGAAAAAGCGAGGAAUUGUACCAGUGGAUGUUCUCCAGGAAAUCUGACUUUUUUUUUAAAGUUCCAAGCCUAAGGACGGCCACGAUCACCUCUUUCAAACAGAAGAUACACAGACGGUUAUGGACUGAACAUUUAUCAACUGUAGGUCCAUGUGUCUUUGCUACCACACCACAUUAAAAUGACUGAGGUUGAUAGGGCCCAGAAAUAAUGAGGCUCUGUACAUUCCUCUCCCACGCCACCUCUUGUCGUCACAGUGACAAACUUGUAGAGCAGAGCUGAAUACGUUCCUUGGCGUAUGUUAAAGCAGCGAUCUGAAGACAUUUUGCACCAGCUUUCACUGUGUUGUCCAUUCUGCCCUUCUUGUAUUUUUAAAAAGCACAAAUAUACUCCCCAAUUCCG